AUUAACCUGGUUUAGUUUUGAAGUGGCCUCAAGUAAGGAAUUGUUUGGAUUGCUGUCAGGGGCUUCUCUUGGAACAUGCCGAAUAAAAUAUAACACGAAUGGAUUCUAUGUAAAAUUUUUGGAAUCUCAAGGCUAUUACCAACUGUGAUGCAGCUCGUCUAUUAUCCUACACUAAGACCACUAUAAUGAAAUCAGCUUUCAACAAUGGGAAAGCAAAAUAGUAAACUUAAACCCGAAGUCUUGGAAGACUUAAAACAAAACACGGAGUUUACAGAUGCAGAAAUUCAAGAAUGGUAUAAAGGGUUUUUGAAGGACUGCCCAAGUGGUCAUUUGUCCGUGGAAGAGUUUAAAAAGAUAUAUGGGAACUUUUUUCCAUAUGGCGAUGCAAGCAAGUUUGCAGAGCACGUAUUUAGAACAUUCGAUGCCAAUGGGGAUGGCACUAUAGAUUUUCGGGAGUUUUUAUGUGCAUUGAGUGUGACCUCCCGAGGGAAACUUGAGCAAAAACUUAAAUGGGCGUUUUCCAUGUAUGACUUGGACGGGAACGGAUACAUAUCGAGACAGGAGAUGCUUGAAAUUGUCACGGCAAUAUAUAAAAUGGUUGGAUCAGUUAUGAAAAUGCCAGAGGAUGAAAGUACUCCUGAAAAAAGGACGGAUAAAAUUUUUCGUCAAAUGGACAGGAAUAAGGAUGGCAAAUUAAGCUUGGAUGAAUUUAUAGAAGGUGCGAAGAGUGACCCUUCAAUUGUGCGACUUUUGCAGUGUGAUCCGCAAGCACAUUAGAUUAAUAGAAAUACAAAAACAAGCAAUAAACAUUUAAACGUGAAUUAAUUUUAUAUCAUUUCCAAAAAUAAUGUACUCUAAGCCAAUUUUGUGUCAUUAU